ACGUGCGUGCAUGAUAAGACCGUAAACAAACUGUUUGUUGUGAUUAAGUAAUAAUAUUGUCCAGAAGUAAAAUAAGCGGAAAUGGUCCGAGCAGGAAAAAUACCUUUCUUUCUCACAGAAACUGGUCGCCGGCUGGUGUUCUAUGGAUCAACGACAUUGACCAUUGGGCUGUUUGCAGGACACUACUUGCCACACACGAUCGGAAUAGGAUACUAUAAAGAGCUCUUUCAAGCGUACAAAAACGGAGAACAACGCCAGGUAUCGGAUAAACUUCAGCAGCGUUUCAAUCGUGCAGUGCAACUUCUGAACCUUUCCAAUAUCGAACGGAAAUACGUUUCCCCGUUCAUGGUGUAUGGCUUCGAUGUAAGCAACGCAGGUUCCAUGAAAGCCCGCUUCGGGGGUGUUGUUGGCAUUCCCAUUAACUUUCAGUAUGAUAAUUCAACCGACAUCGAGAAAUCCGAUAUGCUGAUCGGUAACAGGAAGGUAGACUGGGCUUCUGAAGGAGGAAAGCUUUUGGACGAAUGUCUGAUACUAUCGGAGGACGAACAAGUUUUCGGAAUCGCUCGUGAGAUAUUGACUCUAAACACCAACAAGCGACUGAUCCAGGCUAUUAUACCCACCGUCUCAUGGUUCUUCACUUACAGUGCCGCAUCAUCAAUUAACCAGAGGUGUAAUUUCUAUGUGAGACCGCUCUCCUUGCGAUUGAUGCUCUAUGCGAUCUGUAGCUUAUUUGGCUACGGUUUGUACUCGUUUUCACAGGACAUGACUGAGAUUUACUACGAUACGGAUGUUGAUAAACAGUUAGCAGCAUUGGGCCCAGAGGUGGUGGAUGCAGGUGCGCGAUUUUACGAUAAAGUGCUAAAGAAAAAUGUUGCCGUUCGUAAGCUGACGGGUGACGACUACUAUACUGCGAAAGGAAAUGUGAAUUAUCUGAUCCGCCAGAAAGCGACACCCUUAACAAUUAGGAAAGAAUUUUUCGUAACAGAUUAUAAGGAUUUUAUUCCUGUUCAGGAAAAGAGUUAAAUCAUUUCUGUUAAUAUGAAUAGAAAAAAUCAAACACCUAAAUGAUACCAUUUAAUUUUUAUUAAAAGAACUUAUUCCAAAGAUA